CCCAUAGAAGUGUGCAACAUAUAGAUGAGUCGUGAUCGUAGCUCAAUCCUGAUGCCCCAGCGGCGUCAUGUAGCAGAAUUAUUCACAUUAACUCCCCUCGACUGCAGGGCAGAUACCUGGAAAAGAUCACUUUUAGGCAAGGGACGGGCACACCAGACCAGUGGUUCUGUCAAUUGUUACAAUGGGAAACGCCGAUGAAAUCUCGUCUCACAUCUAACUUUUCACAAACAGGGGGCAAAUGGGGAUGAGAAAGAAAAAAAAGUAAAUAUUCUGGUACGGAAACCGAAAACACGCCCCAAAUCACUGAGCGCGUUUAUCUUUGUGGUCUGGAAGAGAGCCGAUCCGUGAGAUCAGGAGCGGGUGUCCUGUGCCGGACCGGCCGCAGCAGCGCUGUGACUGCUAGGCGGGGCGACCAAUCGCAGCCCGGGCUGUGGGAGGAAGGGCAGGCCGCAGCCCGACAGCCCCCAGCCUGCUCCCCGCUGGAGUACAAGAGCAGCUCCCACGGCAAGGACCAAGUUCACGUCUCGGAAACAAACCUGUGCAGCCGUCGGGAUGGCCGAGAGCAGGGAGAAGUCAUGCGAUCAGAUGAAAAUCUGGAAAGAAAGUAGAGGCUCCCAGAAGGCGGAGACUCUGACCACGGGCGCUGGGAUCCCUUUGGGAGACAAGCUCAACGCCCAGACCGCCGGCCCGCGGGGCCCCCUCCUGGUGCAGGAUGUGGUCUUCACGGACGAGAUGGCCCACUUUGACCGGGAGCGCAUCCCGGAGAGAGUGGUGCACGCCAAGGGGGCAGGAGCCUUUGGAUAUUUUGAGGUGACCCAUGACAUCACAAAGUACACCAAGGCCAAGGUGUUUGAGCAUGUGGGAAAGAGGACACCUACCGCUGUGAGAUUCUCCACUGUGGCUGGGGAGUCCGGCUCAGCGGACACUGUGCGAGACCCUCGUGGGUUUGCUGUGAAGUUCUACACCGAGGAAGGAAACUGGGACCUGACUGGAAACAACAUCCCCAUCUUCUUCAUCAGGGACCCGAUGCUGUUCCCGUCCUUCAUCCACUCCCAGAAGCGCAAUCCUCAGACCCACCUCAAGGACCCCGACAUGGUCUGGGACUUCUGGAGUCUGAGGCCUGAGUCCCUGCAUCAGGUCACGUUCCUGUUCAGUGACCGGGGCAUCCCAGAUGGGCAUCGUCACAUGAAUGGCUAUGGCUCCCACACCUUCAAGCUGGUCAAUGCUGCAGGCGAGGCCGUCUACUGCAAGUUCCACUUCAAGACUGACCAAGGCAUUAAGAACCUGUCUCCAGAACAAGCAGAGCUCCUGGCUGCCACUGACCCCGAUUACAGCAUCAAGGACCUGUACAACGCCAUCGCCAAUGGCAACUACCCCUCCUGGACAUUCUACAUCCAGGUCAUGACCUUUGAGCAGGCGGAAAGUUUCCCCUUCAACCCCUUCGACCUGACCAAGGUCUGGUCCCACAAGGAUUACCCCCUGAUUCCGGUGGGCAAGCUGGUGCUGAACCGCAACCCCGUCAACUACUUUUCAGAGGUGGAGCAGAUUGCCUUUGACCCCAGCAACAUGCCCCCUGGGGUCGAGCCUAGCCCGGACAAGAUGCUGCAGGGUCGCUUAUUUUCGUACCCGGAUACGCACCGACACCGCCUGGGCGCCAACUACCUGCAGCUGCCUGUGAACUGCCCUUACAGAACCCGGGUCGCCAACUACCAGAGAGAUGGGCCCAUGUGCAUGUUUGACAACCAGGGCGGAGCUCCAAAUUACUACCCCAACAGCUUCAGCGCCCCCGAAGCCCAGCCCAGAUUCCUGGAAUCUAAAUUCAAGGUUUCCAUCGAUGUCGCCCGCUAUAACAGCUCUGAUGAAGAUAACGUCACCCAGGUGCGCACGUUCUACACGCAGGUGCUGAGCGAGGAGGAGCGCCAGCGGCUGUGCCAGAACCUGGCCGGGCACCUGAGGGGAGCCCAGCUGUUCAUCCAGAAGCGCAUGUUGCAGAACCUGAUGGCUGUCCACCCAGACUAUGGGAACCGAGUGCGGGCUCUGCUGGAUAAGUACAACGCUGAGGCCGACAAGAACGUGAUCCGGGUCUAUUCCCCCACCUCCCAGUCGCUUGCUGCCUCCAAGAUGUAACGUCCCAAGUCCAUGGAGAGCGUGCCAGUGGACACCACAGGCUAAUGGUGUUAUUCCUGCUGUUUCCUGACAUGUAACAAUAAGCUGAAGAAUCAGAUUUCUAAUGACGACUAGUAAUUGGAUUCUUAAACACUUAGGAUAAGAAUUGGUUUUAUAAGCUAGGUUUUGAAUUUUUCAACUAAUCAAGUGGGGUGGCCAGGCAGGGGUAAAGCCUUAAGGUCUGGCUUGGUGAUCACACUUUUUUUCCCAGUUUGUGUAAAAAGUGAUUGGUGGGUUUUUUUGGGUCAAAUUUGAGUCCCAUUAACAUGGCUAAUAGGACUAGUUUCUGAGACAGACACCUGUAUUAGGAGAUGUAGUUCCACUUUUCUAACUACUGGAGGGCCAGAUACUGCUCACCUGUUUAGUGGGAUGAGGAGCUGAAGGAUUUGCAGUGUUUUAGAAGUGGCAUUGUGUGAUUGAAAGGCAAAGCCUUAUCGAUUUCAUAUCCUGUUCUGUCAUGCAUGUCAGUUUUGUUUUUUCAUCCAGAUAUUGGAGACUGCACAAUCCUGCAGUUGUGGGUUACUGGCCAGGGGGAAAAAAAACUUCCCCUGCUCCUCAGGAUCCUUGCAUUGUACAGUUGGGCACCAAUUUUGAAUGGGGGGUGUAUUGUUUGUACAAUGCACUGCUGUAGGCUCAAGGAAACCAGGCUCAGCAGAGACAUCUUUUCCAUUUGGAUAAGAUCCUCUUACAUCAGUCCCAGUUAACCUGGCACUGGAAAAAAAAAUGCUUUUCCUGAAAGUAGGAAUUGGUUUUCAUGUUUUGCUCAUCCGAGACAUGUAGUGGCCCACUGGAGCAGCACUUACAGAGUCUCCAAUGCCAGAAUGAGGCUGUUAAUUUAGGAUUUGUGCUUUCUGAAGGAACCCUGUUCUAUCUCCUUACUCCGUCCAUGUGCAUGACGAGCAGUAGUCAAAAACUGUUUUGAGCAGUUAAGGUUGAAAUGUUCAAUAUUUCGAGGGAAUUCGUCUUUUUUGUUGGGGAAAGUAAACUGACUGUCAAUGCAAUUUCAUUUUCGAUUAAUAUACCUGCUGAUUUAUUAUAUACAAUUGUUAACCUCCAGCUAUGGAUGCUUUCAAAAGCUUGGAUUUCUAAACAAAUCUGCUAAUAAAGUUACUUUCUUUUCAAUGGA